AUGGGCCUCAAUACGAGCUGGGACGACUCGACGGCUGCCAACGACAAUGUUCCGUCGAUAGACACAUCUUGGGGCUCCUACGGUGAUACGCCCGCUCGUGGAGUGAACCUUGGUGGCUGGCUAUCGCUAGAGCCUUUCAUCACACCAGAUCUAUUUGACUACGACUCGGGCCUAGGUAUCAUUGACGAGUGGACAUUGUGCACGCAUCUGGGAGACGACUGUGCUAGUACACUGGAAAAGCACUAUUCGACUUUCGUCACAGAGCAGACGUUUGCAGAGAUUGCAGAUGCCGGUCUUGAUCAUGUCCGGAUACCAUAUUCCUACUGGGCAGUCGUCACAUAUCCUGGGGACCCUUACGUGUUUCGCACAUCGUGGAGGUAUCUCCUACGUGGCAUUGAAUGGGCGCGGAAAUAUGGGCUCCGGGUGAACCUCGACCUGCAUGGUCUGCCAGGAAGUCAAAAUGGGUGGAAUCAUAGCGGACGGCAAGGACCGAUUGGGUGGUUCAAUGGCACAGAUGGUGAUCUGAAUGUUCAGAGGUCUCUCGACGUGCACGACAAACUAUCGAAAUUCUUCGCUCAGGAUCGAUAUCGGAAUAUUAUUUCGCAUUAUGGCCUGGCGAACGAGCCCAAAAUGGUCUACCUUUCCGCCGAUGAUGUAGUCAGCUGGACAGGCCAAGCUCACGAUCUCGUGAGGAAAAACGGUGUUUCAGACGCCAUUGUUGUCUUUGGAGAUGGGUUCAUGGGGCUCAGCAAGUGGCAGGGAAAGCUGACAGGGUAUUCGAACCUAGCUCUCGAUGUCCAUCAGUAUGUCAUCUUCAACAAUCAGCAGAUCGUCUUCAAUCACACCCAGAAGAUCAACUACGCCUGCGAAGGUUGGACGCAGCAGACGGAGCAGAGCAUGGACACUUCCACUGGAUUCGGCCCUACUCUAGUUGCAGAGUGGUCGCAAGCCGACACCGAUUGCGCCAAGUAUCUGACCAACGUCGGUUGGGGCAACCGCUGGACCGGAACGUACGACACGGGCAACUCGUCCGAUCCGAAUAACGCCCUGACUCCUCGAUGUCCGACGACAGACAGCACCUGCUCCUGCUCAGGCGCCAACGCGGACCCGAGCCAAUACAGCGACGACUACAAGAAGUUUCUGCUCAUGUUCGCCGAGGCGCAGAUGACGAGCUUCGAGAAGGGCUGGGGCUGGUUCUACUGGACGUGGUGGACGAGCGAGGGCUCGACACAGUGGAGCUACAAAAGGGGGCUUGCGGCCGGUAUCCUCCCAAAGAAGGCAUAUGACAAGAGCUUCAAGUGCGAUUCGGAUAUUCCGAGCUUCUCGGGCUUGGCAGAGACAUAUUGA